AUUGCGCGCGCGUACAGCUGCGCUGCUCGAUUGCGCGGGAAAGAUUCAAUCAGCCAGCAGCUGCUGGCUCGGACGGAGAAUUAUUAAAAAUUCGAUUCUUUGAUGAUAGUGCGUCCCCAGCAGCCAAGCGCCCAGAAGAUGCCCUGCCGGUGAUGACUGUGAUCGUUGUUCGACGCUGUCGAAGUCGUCACACAGCGAUGCUCGUACUGUUGGUGGUCGUCGGCUCGCGAUCGCCGCGGUUCGUACACAAAAGGGGAGAGAGAGAGGACGAACUCCGUUCUACUAAUGGAUUUUAAAUAUGUUUCCCGCGCUGGCAAGUGGCUGCUGCGGUUGACACAGUUCAAAUUUGCAGCAACGCUCGACAGCAGUAGCAGUAGGUUCCAAUGAAGAUUCGGUUGGUGAUUUGUGUUGUCGGGAAGACACGGUCAGAUUCGCGCAUCCGGCGGCGACCGAUGAGGUUCGAAUUCAGUGUACCACCGGUCCGGUCAGUGACACAGAGGCAGUAAUUUAUCACAAUUCAAAUAUUGAUCGUCUGGGGUGGGAAGCUGUUGCGUAACGCAUGUGGCCACUUGGAGAGGGUUCUUGAGUGUGUGUAAUUGAAGUGUUUGACUAGGAGUUGCCGUGACCGUGUGAAACAGUUAGUGAUGUGUGCACAGAGUAAUUAAAAGGCAGGGCUUUCUUGUCGAAGGGCAAAUUUAAGUGAGAAUAAAGUGAGCGAUCAUUAAUCUAAAUCAAAGUGUAGUGCGCCAAUAACGUCGCCCAUAAAUCCCAGAAUGCAGUCCGGUUUGAGAACAGCUGUUGGCAGAUGUGGGAAAAUGUUCACUAAGUGCAGAGGCACGAUUCUGUCGGCACUGGCGGUCGUGUGUAUCAACUUUACAGGAUCCAGAGCUUUCGACGUGUACUGGAACAUUCCCACCUUUAUGUGCAACCAGUAUCAGAUGGAUUUCUCCGGUGUUGGGUUGGCCUACGGUGUACGCCAGAACAGCAACGAUUCCUUUCGCGGCAGCGUGAUCUCCAUCCUGUACGAUCCGGGAAAGUUCCCAGCUCUGCUGGAAAGAAGCUCCAACCGGGCGCUGUAUAAGCGAAACGGUGGUGUCCCCCAGGAAGGUAACCUAACCGAACACUUGGAAAUAUUCCGAGCCCACAUCAGCGAGCUGGUGACAGAUCCACAAUUUUCCGGUGUCGGCUGCAUCGAUUUCGAGUCCUGGCGGCCGAUUUUCAGACAGAACUUUGGUUCACUGCAACCUUACAAAGAUCUGUCGAUGAAAAUUGAAAGAGAUAGGCAUCCCACGUGGCCGGAAAAAUGGUUGGAAGCCGAGGCCACCAAACGGUUCGAAUCAACAGGCCAGGACUUCAUGGCCCGCUCAUUGGUACUGGCAAAGCAGCUACGACCUCAUGCAGCCUGGGGCUAUUACGCUUUUCCGUAUUGUUUCAACAUGAACGGAGCUUCCAGUAACCAGCAGCGGGAGGACUGCACAGUGGAAGUGCAACGGGAAAACGACCGCAUCCAGUGGCUGUUUGAUGGUUCGGACAUAAUCUUCCCGUCGGUGUACCUGCGGGAAAAACUUAGCCCCGGCGACCGCCAGAAGCUGGUGCGGGGUAGAGUGAAAGAAGCAGUGCGUGUUGCUCGGAGGGCGAACGUUCAGCCCAAACCCCGGGUGCUCACAUAUAUUCGGUACGUCUACACCGAUAGCAACAACUACUUGACGGAGUCGGACUGGAUUAAUGCUUUGAACGCCAUGAAACAGUUCGGAUCCGAUGGAGUGAUUCUAUGGGGAAGCUCGUAUGAUCUCAACUCUAGGAAAAAAUGCAACGACUUCAAGAGCUACUUGGAUGGCACCUUGGGUCCGAUUCUACAAUCUCUGCAGCAGCGUUACUUUGUCGAAGGUCUGAAAAUCAAUGAUGAUCCGUUCGUGUUGUUUUGACACAAUGAAGCGAAAACAAAUUGACCAACCAUGGCAGUAUUUCGAACAUCAACAAUUGUCACUUUUUUGUGACCCACCAUUCCAAUCACCAAAUCUAGUUUUUAGAGCUUUUUAAGACAAGUUUUUAACUAUAUUUAUUAGCGGCGAGAGUUUUGAAAAUACAAUUUUGAAACGAA